GGCGGGUAGCCCUGUGGGAAGGGUGCCCUUCGCGGUGCGUGGCAGCCGGACUUUGGAGGGGUAGCGGGACCGCGACCUGCGUGGGGGCCGAAGGCCCGAGGGCACCUUCAGCGGAGUCUCUGUAGAAGGUGCAACUCAUCUCCAUCCUUCAAAAUGCAGUGGAACGUACUACGGACUGUGUCUUGGCUGGCACACAGGACAUGCCUGGAGUCACAGACAGCUGGGCUGUUUGGACAGCAUCAGCACAUGAAGGGACCAUUGCUUUUGCAGUAUGCCAAGUCCAGAGCAGUUUGGGCACACAGCCCUCAGGAGCGGUUGCUGCGCUUACCUGCUGCCCAGUGCCUGGCAGAGGAACGAAAGCCAUUAGCCACACAGCCUCCCCAGCCUGGGGUUCUUCACCACGAACGAUGGGUGUGGGAUGUUUCAUCUACCAGGGGCUUAUCAUCCAGCACCACCCAGGGAACACCUUCAGAAAAAAAGGAAGAGCCUGAUCCUUUACAAGACAAAUCUAUUAGUCUUUAUCAGCGAUUUAAGAAGACAUUUAGACAAUAUGGGAAGGUUUUGAUUCCUGUGCAUCUAAUAACUUCUGGUGUUUGGUUUGGAACUUUUUAUUAUGCAGCCAUAAAAGGAGUGAAUGUCGUUCCUUUUCUAGAGCUCAUUGGGUUACCUGACAGUGUUGUGAAUAUCCUGAAAAACUCCCAGAGUGGAAAUGCCCUGACGGCUUAUGCCAUGUUCAAGAUUGCAACGCCUGCCCGCUACACGGUGACCUUGGGAGGAACGUCCUUCAUGGUGAAGUAUCUGCGUGGUCGUGGCUACAUGUCGACCCCACCACCAGUCAAGGAGUAUUUGCAGGACAGGAUGGAAGAGACCAAGGAGCUCAUCACGGAGAAGAUGGAGGAAACCAAGGGCAGACUCACAGAAAAAUUGCAAGAAACCAAAGAAAAAGUUUCCUUUAAGAAAAAAGUGGAAUAGGGUGCCUUAUAUAACACAACUUACAGGCAUUUCCUAUGCUUUAACCCCCUGGAGACUUUGGGCAAAGAUACAUGCUUCUAAAUAAUUUUUUGGUUAGCUGCCAAAAAAUACCAGUUCUCUGCGGGUUACAGAAUUAAGAUACCUUUUUAAAGUUAAAUAUCACUAGAAAAAUCAGUGUUUUUUUAAAAGGAAGUGAACCCAGCAUAAGAAUCUUGCAUUGUAGAAGCAAUAAGCAGUGGAUAAUGUCUUUCAAACCAGGGCUGUCUUCCCAAGCCUGCAGGGUCACACUCGUGCUACUGUUUCCCACCAGCUGUAUUGUGUGCAGGCAAGGCAGUUGGCACUUGGAUAAGUGGGCACUUGGUAUGACCUACCCACAGCCACACUAUUGACACUGGGUCCUAGUCUUUCUGUUACUCACCAAGGUUUAAUGCAUUCACUUGUCCAUGGGGAGCCACCUUUCACUCACUCCCCAGGCUGCCUGUGAAUAGGAGGGGAACUUAGGCUUUCUAUAAAAAGCAUCUAACACUUACCUACCAUUUAAAAUAGAGACGUUGUAUGAAGAAAGUUGAAUAAAAAUUCAGUCUUGUGUAUGCAAAUUA